AUGCAGAAAGGGAUGAGGCUCAAUGAUGGCCAUAUCACCUAUCUGGCUCUUUUGGCGAAGAAGGAUGGGACGAGGCGAGGUUGCCUGAGUAAGAAAAGCUCCGACAACACAAAAUGGCAUUCAAAGUGGUUCGCUUUGUUGCAGAAUAUGCUGUUUUAUUUCGAAAACGACUCCAGCUCACGCCCAUCCGGACUGUACCUGUUGGAGGGAUGUGUUUGUGACAGGGCACCGUCCCCGAAACCACCUCUCUCAGCAAAGGAAUGCUUAGAGAAGCAGUAUUACUUCACUGUCACGUUCAGCCAUGACAACCAGAAGGCUCUGGAGCUGCGAACAGAGGAUGUCAAAGACUGUGAUGAGUGGGUGGCGGCCAUCACACAGGCCAGCUACAGGAACCUAGCUACAGAGCAUGAGACCCUCAUGCAGAAGUAUCUCCAUCUACUCCAAAUAGUGGAGACGGAGAAAACGGUUGCCAAGCAACUUCGACAACAGAUAGAGGAUGGGGAAAUCGAGAUAGAGCGGCUAAAAUCAGAGAUAGCUGGACUGCUCAAGGACAAUGAGAAGAUCCAGUCAAAUCCAGAGGUACCUCCCAGUGACGAUGAUACUGAGAUUAAGAAGAUCAAAAAGGUCCAGAGUUUCCUGCGUGGUUGGAUUUGCCGCAGGAAGUGGAAAACGAUCAUCCAAGACUACAUCCGUUCACCCCACGCUGAAAGCAUGAGGAAGAGGAACCAGGUGGUGUUUAGCAUGCUAGAGGCCGAGGCUGAAUACGUCCAGCAACUCCACAUCCUGGUCAACAACUUCCUGAGGCCUCUCCGCAUGGCCGCCAGCUCCAAGAAGCCGCCCAUCACUCACGAUGAUGUCAGCAGCAUCUUCCUUAACAGUGAGACCAUCAUGUUCCUCCAUCAGAUCUUCUACCAGGGCCUGAAGGCCAGGAUAGCCAGUUGGCCGACACUGGUGCUGGCUGACCUGUUUGACAUCUUGCUGCCCAUGCUGAACAUCUACCAGGAGUUUGUGAGGAAUCACCAGUACAGUCUGCAGAUCCUGGCCCACUGCAAACAGAACCGAGACUUCGACAAGCUGCUGAAGCAGUACGAGGCCAAACCUGACUGUGAGGAGAGGACACUCGAGACCUUCCUCACGUACCCCAUGUUUCAGAUCCCUCGCUACAUCCUGACAUUGCAUGAGUUGCUGGCUCAUACUCCUCAUGAGCAUGUGGAGAGAAACAGUUUGGACUACGCCAAGUCAAAACUGGAGGAACUUUCCAGAAUCAUGCAUGAUGAGGUGAGUGAGACGGAGAACAUCAGGAAGAACCUAGCUAUUGAGCGGAUGAUUGUGGAGGGUUGUGAAGUGCUGCUGGACACCAGUCAGACAUUUGUUAGGCAAGGUUCUCUGAUCCAAGUGCCAAUGAGUGAGAAGGGGAAGAUCACGAGAGGCCGACUGGGCUCGCUGUCUCUGAAGAAAGAAGGCGAAAGACAAUGUUUCCUCUUCUCGAAACAUCUCAUCAUCUGUACUCGCGGCUCUGGGGGAAAACUUCACAUCACUAAGAAUGGAGUAGUCUCUCUCAUAGACUGCACACUGAUGGAGGAGCCGGAGGGAACAGACGAUGAGUUAACAGUUGUGUUGGGGGUAGCAAAAGCCAAAGGGGAGCGGAGUGGCCAAGACACAGAGCACCUGGACUUUAAAGUGAUGGUGGAGCCCAAAGAAGGCCAGCCCUUCACCGUCAUCCUGGUGGCUUCAUCUCGACAGGAAAAGUCAGCGUGGACUAGCGACAUCAGCCAGUGCAUUGACAACAUCCGCUGCAAUGGUCUGAUGAUGAACGCCUUCGAGGAAAACAGUAAAGUCACUGUGCCACAGAUGAUUAAGUCAGACACCAGCUUGUACUGUGAUGAUGUCGACAUCCGCUUCAGCAAGAUGAUGAACUCCUGCAAGGUGCUGCAGAUCCGCUACGCCAGCGUGGAGCGUUUGUUGGAGAGGCUAACCGACCUGCGCUUCCUCUCCAUCGACUUCCUGAACACCUUCCUCCACUCCUACCGCGUCUUCACCAGCGCUGACGUUGUGCUGGACAAGCUCAUCACCAUCUACAAGAAGCCCAUCAGUGCCAUCCCUGCGCGUUCUUUGGAGCUUUUCUUUGCCAGCAGCCAGAACAACAAACUCCUCUACGGCGAGCCACCCACGUCGCCGCGUGCCAGCCGCAAGUUCUCCUCCCCUCCUCCUCUCUCCAUCACCAAGACGUCCUCGCCCAACCGCCGUCGCAAGCUUUCGCUCAACAUCCCCAUCAUCACAGGGGGCAAAGCCCUGGACCUUGCUGCACUCAGCUGUUCUCCCAAUGGCUAUGCAAGCAUGCACUCCACCAUGUCACCCUUCAGUAAGACGACACUCGACAUCAACAAGCUCUAUGUGUCCAGCACCAUGGCUAACAAAAUCCCAGACGAGGGAGAGGCCAAAGCCGAAGGCAAGGCUGAUGAGUCUGUCCUCAACAAGCAAGAUCUGUCUGUGAGAGAGGAAUGUGCUGAGGACCCAAGUCAGAGUGACGAAACGGAGGCAGAAAUGUCCCCUCCCAAGUCACCGUCAACACCUAAGAACGUCAAGUCAAAAAACUCUGAGUUUUCUCUGUUUUCCUUCAACAAUGGCAUGGUGGUGUCAUCUUGCCGAGAGCUGGACAAUAACCGCAGUGCCCUCUCUGCCGCCUCGGCCUUCGCCAUCGCCACCGCUGGUGCCAAUGAAGGCACGCCAACCAAGGAGAAGUACCGUCGUAUGUCACUCGCCAGCACAGGCUUUCCUACAGACCAGAGGAAUGGGGACAAAGAGUUUGUUAUCAGAAGAGCUGCCACAAACAGAGUCUUGAAUGUGCUGCGUCACUGGGUCUCCAAACAUGCACAGGACUUUGAGCAGAACACAGAGCUGAAGAUGCGGGUAAUUGGCUUCCUGGAGGAGGUGAUGCAUGACCCAGAGCUCCUCACACAGGAAAGAAAGGCAGCUGCCAACAUUAUCAGAACUCUCACUCAGGAGGACCCCGGAGACAACCAGGUCACCCUGGAAGAGAUCACACAGAUGGCCUUGGAGGACUGUAAGACUGAGCCGUUUGACAGCCACUCUGCCCUGGAGAUAGCUGAGCAACUCACGCUGCUGGACCACCUGGUCUUCAAGGUCAUCCCAUACGAGGAGUUCUUUGGUCAAGGCUGGAUGAAGAACGAUAAAAACGAGAGAACUCCGUACAUUAUGAAAACAACCAAGCAUUUCAACGAUAUCAGCAACAGGAUCGCCACUGAGAUCUUGCAAUGGGACGAUGUUAACAUGCGAGUGGCAGUGAUCGAGAAAUGGGUGGCAGUGGCUGACAUCUGCCGCUGCCUCCACAACUACAACGCCAUGCUGGAGAUCACAUCCUCUCUCAACCGCAGCUCCGUCUUCCGCCUCAAGAAGACCUGGCUCAAAGUCUCCAAGCAGACAAAAACUGUGAUUGACAAGUUACAGAAGCUGGUGUCAUCAGAGGGACGAUUCAAAAACCUGAGAGAAGCUCUGAAGAACUGUGACCCUCCCUGCGUUCCUUACCUGGGAAUGUACCUGACUGACCUGGCCUUCAUCGAGGAAGGAACACCCAACUACACCGAGGACAACCUGGUCAACUUCUCUAAGAUGAGAAUGAUAUCUCACAUUAUCAGAGAGAUAAGACAAUUUCAGCAAACAGCUUACAAGAUUGAUUAUCAACCAAAGGUUGCAAAGUACUUGCUGGACAGCAGUACAGCACUGGAUGAGGAGAGCCUGUAUGAAGCGUCUCUGAGAAUUGAGCCCAAAACUUCAUCAUGAACGUGAUCUCUCCCACCCUCAACCCUCAUACGGAGUGUACAGGAACAAUAUAUGAUAAUGUACAUAUACUAUUAUUUGUAUUAGACACAGUAGGCUGUGCCCUUCUAGUAUGUGCUCCCCAAUGGACUCGUGCAUAAUCGUUAUUAGAGACUGAGUAGAAGCCCAGAGAGGUUUUCUUUAUAUAUUUACAGAGUAUUUAUAUGUUACUUAUCGUCUUAAAUACCAUUUUAUGAUAGUUAUUUUCAACCACAGAAUAAACAGAUAAGAGGGUA